AUGCUCUUGACAUUUCCUCGAGCGCCAUUGCCGGCAGGGCUGGCCGCUGUCUCGGCUGUCUUUCUUCUGAUCUAUCUCUACCUUCAUUCCUCCCUGGGCUCAGGUCCCCACCUUCUGUCCAUCAAAGCCUCUACACAGGCAUCACAGCUCUCUCAAUGUCCGCCAUCGUCAGCAAUCAGCGACAUCGUUCUGUCCAUCAAGACCGGCGCCACCGAAGCCUUUGACAAGCUACCGACGCAGCUACUCACCAUCCUGCAAUGCGCAGACACGCUCCUCCUCUUCUCCGACUUGGAGCAAAACAUCCAUUCGCUCCACAUACACGACGUGCUCUCUCGCUACGAUCCCGAGUUUCUUGAGCACCACGCCGACUUCGAGCUCUAUCGCAAGCAAAAAGAAUACCAGGCCGAGGGCCGCGACAUUCAGACACUGAGCACAAUGAAAGACUCCAACUCCGACUGGCGAACCGCCGGACACAAUGCCGCCUGGGCCUUGGACAAGUACAAAUUCCUGCACAUGAUAGAAAGAGCCUGGGAGCUACAGCCAGACAAGGAGUGGUACGUCUUUGCCGAGACCGACACUUAUAUCGUGUGGCACAACCUCGUGAAAUGGCUCGAGAGAUUUGACCCAAGCGAGCCACUAUAUCUCGGCCGUGGUGAGCCCAUGAAGAAAGAAGAGGGAGACGGCUUCUUCUUUGCACAUGGCGGAAGUGGCUUUGUGCUGUCGCGUGCCGCCAUGUACGACUUUUGUGUUACCAAAAAGGGGCUCGCGAGUCGAUGGGAUGCCAGAAUACCCGACUUGUGGUUUGGCGAUUACGUCGUGGCAAAAGCUCUGAAAGAAGAGCUCGAUCUCAACCUGACCUCGGCCGCACCCAUGUUCAGCGGGCACAAGCCCAUAAACUUGCCCAUUGGCGCUGGCAUCUGGUGUCGCCCCGUCAUCACUCAACACCACCUGCGAUCUGAGGAAGUUCAGACUUUGUGGAUGCUAGAAGAUGACUUUUACACAAAUUCAUCUUCAAACACUCCACCCUAUCUGCGCUUUUCACACCUCUUCAGAGACGUACUCUCUGGGGUCAAGUUCCCCGAACUUCGGUCCGAGUGGGACAACAUGUCGCAGGACAACACAUACACAAUCAAGGCUCCUCGCACAAAGGUUCAGGCAAAGGAGAAGCCAGACGAGCGUGUCGGUGAACCCACUGUAGAGAAAGACCCAAAUUCCUCGCCUGAUGCAUGCAAUGCUGCUUGUGAGGUUGUGGGUACAUGUUUCCAAUGGGCGCAUUUGAACUUCACUACUGUCGAAGAGAAGAAGCAACACAGUGGCGGCAUCUGUUAUCUGAGCAGCGUCUUCCGUUUUGGCAACCACAGACCAGAAGAGUCCUGGGUCGAUGAGAAGAACGCAACCAACAUUCACAUGUGGGUUUCUGGAUGGAAGACAGCAGCCAUAGAGGAUUGGCUUGCGAACGCUCUGGAUAGUUGUGGUAAGGUUGAUUGGACUUGA